AUGAAUGUGUCUUUGGCACCGUUUCAGUUCUCCUGCAAUACAAGCUCAAGCUCAGCGCCUGACCUUUACAUCAGUGUGACCAAACGGGAGCCCUAUCAUGUCGCCAUCCCCAUGACAGUCUUCUACAGCAUCCUGUUUGUCUUUGGGGUCCUGUCCAACGGAAUCAGCAUGCUCACGCUCCUCAGCGAUGCCCGCAUGAAAGCCAGCGCCAUUCAGCUCUACCUGCUCAGCCUGGUUUUAUCAGAUAUUCUGCAGUUACUGACUAUUCCCAUCACUGUAUACCGUUAUUACUGGGAAAGCUACCCUUGGAGACUCGGAGAGCCCCUGUGCAAGGCUUACUUCAUGGUGCGCCAGAUGUACUGUGCCACCACCAGCUGGGUGAUCCUGGCAUUUACUACUGAGCGCUAUGUAGCCAUAUGUCACACCAUGUGGUCCCUCGCCAGCCUCAGGAGGUCACGACUGCCCUGCCUUCUAGGCUGGAUCUGGCUGGUGGCAUUGUGCAGUUCAGUGCCCUUCGCGCUCGUCUACAGACAUGCCCGAGCCUGCAUCCUGGACUAUGGGGCAACGUCACCUGACACAGCUUUUGUGAUGUCCACCAUGUGUGAGAUGACUGAAGAAGAACCUUCACCGCUCUACAAGGGAGCCCUGCUGUUAAGGGGCAUUCUGUGCUUCUUGGUGCCACUUGUGUGCAUUUUUGCCCUGUAUGUACUAAUCAUCACUCACUUUCGCUACAACAGCCGUCAGCGUAUGACCAUGGGCAUCACUAGGGCAGUAAACGGAGGAGAGAAUGCGCAGCGCCUACAGAAUGGAAAGCUACUGCUUCAGGAGAAACGGGCUUUACGACUUAUGGGUGCAGUGGUGGUAGCUUUCUUUGUGUGCAACUUCCCCGACAUCGCAUCCUCACUAAUGCAAGUGUACGUGGAAUCCUGGUCAGGGACGGUGCUGGCUGUCUACACGGUCCUCAAGUCCUAUCUCUCACUGCCGCUCUGGUAUGCAAACAGUGCACUGGAUCCCAUACUCUUCUGCAUCUCCUCGAACGUGUUCCGCAAAGCAUGCUGGGAGACCGUGAGCCCUCUUAGGCCCCGGUGGUUGCGUGCCUGCAGACACAGUAAUCCAGCUUCAAUGAUGAUCAUGAAUAGUCACAAUUCAACAGCAGUGGUCAGUACAUCAGCCUGA